AUGAAAACGAGUGAGAGGAAUGCUUGGGCACUUUAUACAUCCAGUCUCCUUCCAUCAGCCCAGCCAACGGAACCUACCUUUCCCAUCCUGUUCUUCACCUUCGAGCUUGGGAGGCAACCAGAGCGGCAUGAGGUAGGGACUUGUUCUCACCCGCGUCCCCGUGGGUCCAAUGACCUAAUCCAUGCCCUCGCCCCCAAGUUGGCAGCCACACAGCGCAGAUUCCCAGUUCCAACUCCCGUUUCUGACCUAUCUGAGCAAAGUCAGAUAGCUAACUGCCUGCCUACGUCAUUCGCCGGCAGUUCCAAAGGCACCUCAUCACAAUCUGUAGUUGUCUCUCCCCCGUCAUGUCAACCCAGUCAGAAUGCCAAGCAGGUUCAGGGUCCUCACCCGUUGGCUGUGCCUGCCCGGCUGAACGGCAAACCAACGCACGCACUUGCUCAGGGCGCUCGAGAUGAAUGCGCUGUACCAGUAUCCCCGCCGGCUGGCUACGUCAUGUCAGAUCAACAUGGGGGCCUAGGCCUCGAUUCGCCAACAAGAGCCGCUCCCGUCAAAGCUACGCGUGUACCUAUGCGAACCCUCUACUGUGGGAGUGACGAAAUGCAGUUGAUCUUAAACAAAGCUGGUCUCGGACUACGGGGACCGACGGGAAGCAUGUACUCCAUACAAGAUCGCUCCAUGGUCCGGUUACAACGCAAUGCAGAAUAUACUGUUGUCAUUCCAUCCAACCUUGCCUUGCUGUGCUUGCUUGCGCUACCUCAUUUGACUAUCCAUAACUGCCAAUUCGUCAUUUCUGGACAGCCUCGUGCGAAACCUCCGUCCAAAAUCACCAGACGCCUAUAUGUGCAAUUGCCCGAAACCAAGGAAGAGAACGACAACCUUCCUCCGACGGCGACUCUAACCAUUAAAUCCAUCAGAUCAUACUCCUGGAUACCGUUUAUGUUUCCGUAUAUGUGUCGAGUUGUGUCGGACUAUGCCGAAAAGAUUAUACCAGAAAAUGGUUGA